GCCCGGCCAAUAAGGGCUCUCCAAGCCUAUAAUGUCAUCGGAGGAGGAGGCCGACUCUCACGCGCCCUACUCGGAUAAACUACUAAGGAAACAGAAACGCGCCAGACAGCGCGUGGACGCCGGCGAGCCGCGCAAUUCUUACUCGACUCUCGCGACGAACGGAAUCGCGCCCGCGCGCGCCGCACUCAUGAGUGGCGGACUAUACAGCGCCAUCUUCGAGGGCCGCCAACACUUCGGCCUCUUCGGACCGGGAUACGCGCCGGCCGAAAUGUUGAACGAACUUCUCGGACGAACAACAAAACAAGACGACAACGGAGACGAAGCGAACGGCGGCGUGAUCGCGCACCGGGUCCUCAGAGACAUCCUACAGAGCCGCAAUAAAGAGUUACUGCUCUCCUCGGAUAACAACAACGUACUAGCAAAUAACAACAAUGACGAACCGAAAACAGAGAAACGAUCACCGGAACGACCCUGCUCGCACGACUCACGGCCGGACCUGGACGACGCCCUCCUCUCGCUCGAAAAUCCUGGGAACUCACACGCGUCUCCGCCUCCAGCUCCUCCGUCUUCAGAGAACUUAAUCGCUCCUAAGCCUGAACCAGAAGAUCGUGAUAGUGAUGCUCAACGCUCCUCCCCCAGACCUUUAGACGUAAAACGUGCUCGUGUUGAAAAUAUAGUGUCUACGAUGCGGUCGAGUCCUGCGCCGCAACAACCACAGGUAAAUGGCUGCAAGAAACGGAAACUGUACCAUCCGCAGCAGCACGACGGUGCAGCGGAGCGCUACGGCACCAGCCACAGCAGCAGCACCCACACGGUCUCAGACGACUCGGAGGACGACGGUGAGCGACCACCCAUACAACAAAAAUUAGUAGAAAAAAAUGCACUCAAAUCACAACUUAGAACUUUGCAAGAGCAGUUAGCUGAGAUGCAUGAAAAAUAUGUGCAACUAUGCAAUAGAGUAGGGAAGGAGUCUGAGACAGUCGAUAACGACGGUGCUUCCAGUGAUGUAGAACAAAUCGAAGAGUCGAUCCCGAAAUCGGAACCCGCAUCUCCGGCCAAAGAAUUACCGCCGCCUCUAACAAAUACGGCUACACCAAAGAUGUUUUCUCAAGUGAUGAACCAAAUGAUGACCGCAAAGAUGCACGCGCAGGCAGUAGGACACCCACACCUUCAGCCAGGAUUUAACGGAACGCUACCUAUGAUGCCGCAUUUGCCACCAACAGAUCACAUGCAUCCGCCUCAUCCUCAAAUACAUCUUAAUAGCGCGGCAGCCAUGUAUCUAAAUGUCAGCCAAAAAUUGUUCUUAGAACAGGAAGCCAGAAUAAAAGAAGCUGCUGAGCAACAACAAAACAAUCAGCAAAUAAGACCUCAGUCUAACCAACAUUCGCCGCAGCACAGGCAACUUGGACCGACGCCGAAACCACCUCUCUCAUCUGAGCUGGCUGAACGAUUGGAUGCUUUACGGGUCAACACAGGAUCUGUUGGUCCCAUCUCCGGGGCUGACCUUGAGGGCUUAGCAGAUGUAUUGAAAAAUGAAAUCACAGCUUCGCUUGCAACACUUAUCGACUCUAUCGUCACACGUUUCGUGCACCAGCGACGUGUUCUGGGGAAGCAGUCUGAAGCGGCAUCGGCAGCGGCAGACAAACUGAACAAGGAUUUGAUGCGAGCUGCACGGCUCAUUGAUAGAAAGUCGCCAACGCCCAAGCCUCCGGAGAGACAGAUGCCAGGUAACCUUACAGUACAUCAUGGAGCCACACCGAAUGGUGUACCGUUCCUUCCACAUAAUUCAAUGUUAAUGAAUCAAAUGAACGGAGCCCGCGCGCCAGGCGGUGUGGCCUUCCAGCUACACCCCGAGGCGGGCGGCCCCGGACCAGGUCCUCACUUACGGCCUCCGACAGGCAUGUUCCAGACGCCGCCAAAACCGUUCGGGCCUCUAUACGGGCCGAUGAACGGCCAGUUCGAGAGGGAAUUGAACCCCGAACAGAGCGAAGCGAUCAGCCUCGUCGUCCCAUCGAGGAAGAAACGACAUAAGGUCACCGACACACGCAUCACGCCGAGAACCGUGAGUCGAAUACUGGGGGAGGGCGUCAGGCAGUCUCCGGAGAGCAAAUUCCCGGAAUCGCCGUCACCGCGGCCUUACACAGGAUUACCAACCGCAGUGGCGAUACCGAACCCAUCGCUGCACGAGAGCCAAGUAUUCUCUCCGUAUUCUCCUUUCUUCGGCGCGGGGGGCGGACUGGCGCGGUCGCCACCUGCAGCCCCGGAGCGGGAGUCCCCGCCGUUGCCUCACGCGCCCGUGCUGCACCACUCAGAGCUGCUGAUGAGUGCGCAUCACUCCUCGCCCGAUUACCUGCGCCAACAUGCCCGCAUGCACGCCAGCGCGCUGCACCAAUCCCAGAUGAUGAUGGACGGGCAGGACCCACAUUCCGACUGCAACUCCACAGACCUGCCCUACGACGGAGUUCAGCCUACUUCCUCAACGCUAACGCCGAUGCACCUGCGCAAAGCGAAGCUCAUGUUCUUCUGGGUCCGGUAUCCGAGCUCAGCCGUCCUCAAGAUGUACUUCCCCGACAUCAAGUUUAACAAGAACAACACAGCGCAGCUCGUCAAAUGGUUCUCGAACUUCCGAGAGUUCUACUACAUCCAAAUGGAGAAGUACGCUCGGCAAGCGAUCAGCGAAGGUCUGAAGGCGGCCGAAGACCUGCAUGUUGCCGGCGACUCUGAACUUUACAGAGUCCUCAACUUGCAUUACAACAGAAAUAACCACAUCGAGGUACCUUCGAACUUCAGAUAUGUGGUUGAGCAGACUCUGCGCGAGUUCUUCCGCGCCAUCCAGGGCGGGAAGGACGCCGAGCAGAGCUGGAAGAAGUCGAUCUACAAGGUGAUCUCGCGGCUCGACGACCCCGUGCCCGAGUACUUCAAGUCGCCGAACUUUCUCGAACAGUUGGAGUGAGCGCGGCGCCGACGCGACGCACAAUAACUUUCGGCAUAACUAAACAAAUUGGACGAAUAUUUCGCACACCAAAAUUUUACGACACUCGCAUUUAGGCCUUCAGAUUCAAAAUUAUUGAUUAAAAAAGUUUAAUUAUAAAAGAAAUUAUUAAAGUAAUGAAGUUUGAAUACGUGGUCCGUUGGACGUCGAUCGGCGUGACGUGGGCGUGACGUGGCGUGACGUGACGCAGGCGUGACGUGUCGCGCCACCGCCGUUGCGCUCUUUAGAAAAUUCCUUAGGUUAUAACGAGUCAGAGAAAGUUUAAGUCACCUAGAAUUUUAUUUCUGCACAUAAUAAUAUAUUUCGCUAUAUAUAAUUAUUAUUAUUAUUAUAUUAUUAAGUAUUAUCUAAAAUGGUUUUUAUAGUUGUGUAUAUCUUAAAAUCAUUUAUUGAUUUAUUCAUUAAGCAAAACGAUUAAUAUAUUAACUGCUUAAGUUUA